CAUACAAUACCUUUUUGAGUCUCGAGGAGUUUACAUACUACAAAUUUCAUUAUUAUUUAUCCCGUCGAACUCUAUGCACAAGAUCUAAUACCUAUCCUCAUAUUAGGUACUUUUAAGUCUUGAGCACGCAUAUCGUAUCGUGUGGCUACUACGUGAUGUGGGUAGCAAGCCCAAAUUGGAAAUUCAAUCUCCGACCGGCUUCGUCAUCGCCUUCUUGGACUACCUAGGUAGCUCCCUUGCACAAACCAGGGGACUGUUACUUGACACGUGCUUGUCGAGAUAACAUCAAUAACUUGUUCCCAACACGCACUAAUUAGAUUAUGGAUGCAUUUACUAUCAGAUCUAAACAUGGAUGCGAAGAUGGAGUCGGAAUACGGAACUCGAAUUGGCACUAUAGGUCCAGCAUUAUCAUCCGAGCGAGAGCGUUGGUAGUCGGGAUUGAAUAUAUAAAUUUCCCAUUACCAUUGUUAUCGGCUUUGAUUACUAGACCGAACGAAUGAUUUAUUCUUGUGUUGUGUGAAGUGGGAAAUUCAGGUCUGGACAGGUAAUGGGCAUCGUACCGAUUUCGACUUAGAAUAAUAACGGCACUAUGCACACCCUGCAAGCCAUCAUAAUCUCAUUAGCAAAUACAGGCAUCUAUGUGGCAGCACAACAAUACCUUGCGCCACUCCAGGAUAUCGAUUUUCCUUCUAGCGAGAGUGCGAGGAAUCCUCUCCAAUGGUUAGGUGCUAAUGGGCCUUGGUAUGCUGGUCCGAACGUCUUUGGGAUUUCGCCCGAAAUCCCUCAGAAUUGCUACAUCGAUCGAGCUGCAUAUGUCUCGAGACAUGGCUCAAGGUAUCCAGACCAAGGAGCCUACGAUGGAUGGUUGUCGAUGUAUGAUUGGUUUCAAACCGCUAACUACACCGCGGAGGGGAGUCUAUCAUUCUUGACAUCUUGGAAGCCUGUUUUGACAAACCCUUCGUCCCAAAUCGCCAUGGAAAACCCUACAGGGGUGAAAGAAGCCUAUGAUCUAGGCUAUACUCUUCGAACAAGGUACCCGGACCUCUAUCGUGACGGAGAUGAGUUUAUAGUGUGGGCCAAUAAUUAUACUCGAGUCCUCCAGACAGCGUCUAUGUUUGUUCGGGGUUUCUUGGGUGCCACUGCUUCCCAGAAAGGGAGUGUUAUCUCGGUAACGUCCAAAGGCUCUUCAGCUAGCGUCGGAGACUCACUUGCUCCUUCGGAUAUGUGCCCGAAUUUCGAAGACUUGGAAGGAGGAGAGCAUAUGUCGACUUGGGAUAGCAUUUGGAUCCCGCCUGUUCAAAAUAGGUUGCAAAAAUUAAUCAAAGGCAACCUAACCUUAACGGCUAGCGAUGUGGACCAGAUUCCGUAUCUGUGCGGCUUCGAAUCCCACAUUACUGGUCGACUCUCCCCCUGGUGUGGUGUGUUUACGGACGAAGAACUCAAGCAGCACGAGUAUUCUAAUGAUCUCCGGUAUUAUUAUGGGGUAGGCCCGGGAACAGAUCUUCCAAAGAAAAUGAUGACUCCCUUCCUCAACGCGCUUGUUGGCGUACUAAAGAGUGGGCCUGUCAACGGUACCAGAGCCGAUGGGUCGCUAUUCAAGGUACCGAAACUGCUCGCGUCGUUCCUGAACGAUGGUCAAUUGACCGAAUUAGUUACCGCGAGCGGUGUUUUUGAUACGCAACCUCCAUUGUCUGCCGUCGAAAAGGAUGAUCAUAGAUUAUGGGUGGGGUCGCGAUAUGUUUCAAUGCGCGGGACUAUUGCUUUUGAGCGCCUGGAUUGUACUGUAAGAGACAAUAGCGGAUAUGCGACGUUGCCAACCUUGAAGCCAACAACAUCUGACGAUACAUACAUCCGAAUUCGUCUAAACGACGCAGUGUAUCCCAUCCCAUCCUGCAAGAACGGACCUGGCUCUUCUUGUAGGUUGAAUGAUUAUGCCAAGUAUAUCGCGGAGAAGUAUGCUUCUGAAGGUGACUGGAUCAAGAACUGCAAUGUUACGAUUGGUAAGGAUACGCCGACUAAGGUGAAGGGUGCUAGUUUUUUUACGGAUCUUAGCCAACCUUGGAUCACGCGGAUUUCUGUUUAAUAUAUGAUUAUGCGUUGAAUUGAGGGAGAAUAAUAAUAAUAAUAACAAUAACAAUAAUACUAAUUGAUCAUGUAAAACAUCGAUAUCGAUAUUGUUAUUGGACUUUUAAUACAUGUACAAGUUGAGGUUGUUUUGUCUGAGAAGAAUAAACUAGAUUUAAUGCUGUAUGUACAUGCCUGCAGACAUGAUCUCCAAAUUUCGAAAAAUCAACAUCGUCAGACAUAAAAUAAUUUUAAUUUUGAAAAAUCACUUUCAAUCCGAAAUGAUUGCAAAAAUAAGAUCGUCACUCAACUGAAAUCGUCUCAAUCAAACAAUUGUCAAGCUAUCAUGUCGAAUUAGAAAUCUUUUUUCUAAUACCUCAUCAUCCCAGAGAUCAUGUCCACAUCCCCUACU